GAGUGCAUUGGUUGUCUGUUUCAUCCAGGUUAAAUUCUUAGCUUGCACUGCCUACUGCAAUGCAAGGAAAUCAUGUGGAGUUUGCAGGAUCUGAGUAGUGGUUGGUGCCAUCUAUUAUUGUGAAGAUGAAACUGCAGGUUAUGGGUGAAACAGAUGCACCAGGCUUCUAUUGCAAAUUCUACACCUUCUGGUUGGCAUCGCUCUAGGCAACAUAUUACUCUGGAUUUAUUCUGGACAAAACGGGCAAGUGAUGCCCUUAACUUGAUAUUGUAAUACAUCCACUGUGAAAUGCCACCUUUGUGCAAUAUUGAGUCCAGAGGAGCCAGCAGUUUUAGUUGGAACAGUAACUGUACAGUUACUUGACAUUCACUCUGGGACAUUGUGAGAGUGACAUUGUUGACACAGACAUCCCCUUUGAUCCGGGGGAAGAUGGGGAAGUAGGUGGGCAUGUUGGACCUUUGAACUGUCAUGAAUGCCCAAGUUGUUGCUGGUAAAAAGUAGCUUGCCAGAGAAAUCCACACUCGGGCAGUCUAUGGCAGUCCUGACCUGGAAAAGCAGUGUAUCCACAUUGGCCUCAAACACAUUAGCCUGCACAUCAGCCAGGCUCAGUAGCUGCUUGUAUGUCAUCUUAAAUUAUACCCCCAGUAAACGUUUUCUGGCCAAAUAUCCUUCAGUGGCAUGGAUGGUGGUUGAGCUGUUUGCAGCAUUUUCUGGGCUCAUCCUGUAGCAUAGCUGGAGCCCCAAAGGAGUUUCUACUGAACUAGCUGAACUGGAUUGUGGAGACAAAAUAACAAUGUUUUGUGUCUGUGUCCUUAAUUCUAUGCUGUAUGUUGCACUAAAGUGGAGCCUUGUGUGGGCAGAAUUUGUAGGACUGUCCAGGCUCGAGUCCUGGCUGGCAAUAGUCGGUACUACAACACACUUCUUUCUGUCACAAUGUUGCUGCAGUUGUCCCUCGUACAACACUUGCUGCUGAACUUGCAGCGGUCCUCACAAAGGUCUGAUAAGAGUGGAAGGUGUGGUUGUUGUGUCACAUGUUUCCAUGGUAUGACCUUGCAGUUCUCUUGAUCUUCAGAUUCUUUAGCAGGAAUAUAAUAUCAUAAAUCUGUGCACUCUUAACCUCCAACUUUGAAAGUUUAUGGGGAUUUAUUGCCAGGACAGCCACAAGGUCACAUGGCAACAAUGGAGAAAGCCUUUUCUCUUUUGUGGUCUCGUAAGCACCCACUGAAUGCCUUCAUUUCAACUGACCUACACCAUGAAGAGUAAUACACAGCAUUGAUUCCAGUUUAAGCUCUUCUGAGGUGCUAGAGAAUGUCUCAGUGGCUGGUGUCCUACUGCUGUAACUACAUUUUUUUUAAUACUUGCUUUCCAGUUGUAGCAACUUUUGCAGGUAUCAUGCCCCUCAGAAGAAGUAAUUGUCUGUCCAGUAAUUUUCUGGGUAUAAACCUUACAACACGCCCUCAUGUUUGGGUACUUUUGACAUAGUGCUGGAAGCUGCAAAUAGAGCUUUGCGGCUGUGUUUUUGGAGAUGGCCACUCUUUUAGUGACUGGCCUCCUGAUUCAGAAAAAUAUCUUUGUGAUGUGGAGGAGCUCAUCCGAUAGACUAUUCUAUCUGCCCAUCUAGAGGGAAUAAAAUCCAGAUUUGAGAUAUAUGCAAGAGGCAUUGGUCAUGCUGAUAGAGCCAAGAAAAGAACUGGCAAUGCCACUGCAACAGCUCUUGUUACUCAUUCAAUUGCAGCUACCGGUAUUUCCUCCAAUUAACUCUUUGCCAGGCAUAUUCUGUUGCUGAAAAAGCUAAGCGGUGGGCACAUGCUAGACAAUAUCGGGCCAGUUUCAUCUGCACCAAAUGUUAUUAAGUUGAUAGAAAUGGUGUUGCAUUCCCACAUAAUGAAGUUUGUGUCCACAAUUCAUCUAUUAGGCCCUGUCAUAUUAGUUUUGGGCACGGAAUGUUUCUGUGGUGGCUCAUUCUGACUUUGAGAGUUGGAUGAACAUUGUGCAAUGAAGCAGUAAAUGCUGUGCUUAAGCAAUCUCGUAUACUUCUAAAGCCUGUCCUAGUGUUUAGCUCAAGAUCAUCGAGGAUAGGUUGCUAGUUAUUGGCCUUCCUUGGUACCUUGUUGCGUAGUUUUUAAAAUUUUUAAGGGAUAGGGAUUUCUUCUGCUUUCAAAGGAGUGCUUGUAGGGAGAGGAAAAGUUUAUGUAGUUGUAAGGGGUCCUUCAUGGGCUUGUUUUGUUUAAUCUUUUACUUGGCUCCAUUCCAUUGUGACGUGGCAUCAUCAGCAGUGGCACACAUAAAACGACCACAGUCUUUGGACAUAAUUGCACAUCUGAGUUCAGUGCCAGCCAGGCGGCCUUCCCCAAGUGAUGCAGAUGGCAGCUACUCCUCUAGCACUGACCAAGUAAAUGUUUCUGAACCUGCCUGGCUUCAAGAACCUCUUGAUGCAGGUCUUAAGGCACAGUACCAGAUAGACAGGGAUUUUACUGAGAGGCUUGAAGAAAAGAACAAACAGUUGCAAAGGCAUCUUGAAGAAGCACAGAAGGUCAACAAAGAACAGUCGAAAAGAUUGAAGAGCUUGGAGGAACAGCUAGCGCAGCAGCAGGCCAGAGAAUGUGAAGAAACCGCUGCUUUGGAAAGGAUGGUGCAACAAGUAGAAUGCAACCUUAAAGCAGCCCUGAAGAGGGCAUCCACUGCUGAGGAGCUGGCCUACACUCUUAACCAGGAAGUGAAAACACUACAGGCUCGCUGCAAGCAGCUGGAGAUGCAGCAGAAUCAAGACUUGUCAGGAAUGACCUCUGACCUGUCAUGCAAACUACGGACUGCUGCGGACUCGGCAGAAGGUUCUCUGAGGUCCCUGCUGGAAGGUGUCAACCAUUUGCGACUUUAUUCUGAAGUAAUUGACAGUUGGACCAAAGUGCAUGAAGACGCCUCUUGAUAAUUGGUUGAAACUAAAAGCGGGCUUCAGAAAUUUUAUGCAGCACCAUUCAUGGAACCUUCAUGGCCGCUCGGAGCCCCGACUACACAACAGCGUUCAGCAGACAUGCGGCGAUGAGAUUCCUCUCCGGAAAGGUGGUAUGCCAAUGAAACCAUGCACCUACAGACCACGCCACUUCCUUACUCAGUGCACAGUGGACAGUUUGGUUUAUAGGAGGGAUACCUCAACAAUAAUGACGAUAGUCCAUGUGAUCACCUAAUAGGACACCAUGCCCCUUUUCUGCUGGUCAGAAUGAGGAGCUGUGAAACAUAGCAGCGUUUUGUGCCCUGAUGUUCGAUGUCUAUGUACAUAAGCAGAACAGUUCUAUUAUGUGGCAGUGCUGAAGUUUGGUUAACCACCUAGCUGUUAUGUUGUUUUGUGGUGAUAAACAUAUGUACGGCUGCAUACAGGGUGUUGUAGCUAAAAUGGGCCAAGCCAUGGGAGGGGGGGGGGGGGGGAAUCAAGAUAUUAGGAUGGUAUCAAUGGCAUUCUGUAACUCUCAUCUUCUGUGACCAAAGGUUUUGUAUUAUUCCUGAUUAAGAAAUUAUCUGAAAAUAGUGCAGUUACAAAAUACAGGUCCAAUGGCAUAAGUUUGGAUGCCAAAUUGUGCUGUGCAUUGAAGACAUCAUAUUCACUAGGUUUAGACCCACUACAUUUUACUUUUUUUUUUCUUUUUUCUGCAUUUUAAAAUUGAGGUGCAAAAUACGAGAAAAAAAUAUAGAAGUGAGUGUGUGCCUGCUUGCUGGCAGGUGUGACGACAACGUCCUCAAAGGCGGAUUCAAACAACCAACUCUGCUAAAUUGCUGACUUCGCGAUCGUGUUAAAGUAACAAGGCAUCAAUGUAUCUAUUGGCUGCUGCUAAGAGCAAUUAAACUUCUUAUUGCUGUCCUAGGCCGGCGUGCACUGCUCUAGCUUACCGUGUCAAGUGGCUAUUUCCUCAUAGCAGCAACCAGCAGUUACACGAAUGCCUUGUCACAUUUGCACAGUUGCUGAGCCAGCGAUUUAGUAAAGUUAGUGGUUGGAAACAUCCUCUGAGUGUGUGGCUGUCACGCACGUGAGGCACACGGGCAUGUGCUCGCUUGGCAUUUUUUAAUGUGAUUAGCAAUCUUUGGGAACAUAAGCCACUUUUUUGGUUUUUCCGUUUGUACCUAACCUCUUUUUUGCCAACUUGGGUCACUCGAUACAUGCCACUGGGUAUGUGCUGCCCUUCCAUGACAAAAGAUCCUUUAAAAUUAUGUAAUAUAUGUUGAGACAAUCUUGUCUGAAUAUAUAAAUUCAUCCAUGCGUGUCGCGUCGGCAUUGCUAGAUGCUCAGCGUGUUCAGUGGGAAGCGCCCAGCUCCAUACUCGCCUCACUCAUGAAAUGUUUCGGCAUUGGCAAUACGGUGUCACUACAUUGCUUCAAUGCUAAUCACAAUAACAUCGACAUUCAUCGUGACAUGAAUCCUGCUGGAAUUUUUUAUUUUGCACCAUAACUUGUGAAUGCGGCAAAAAGUAACUAAGAAAAAUGUAGCGGAUUUGUAACUAUUGAAUGUGAUGUUUUGGAAUGCGAAGCACAAUUUUUCUAGUGAAUGCCAUUACACCACAAAUGAAUAAUUUUGUAAAUUUUUUUUUGCUAUUUGAUUAAUUAAGGAUAACAGAAAAGGUACUGUAGUUGGCAGAAGACAACUGCUGAACUUUUGAUCUGAUCUUCAUUUCUCAUAUCCCAUAUUUUUUUUAAUAGCUUGGCCCUUGUUAACUGGAACACCUCAUAUGUAUAUGUGUCCAUAUUAUUUGUAAAUAUUGUGCAUGCCUGUGCUCCCAGCUGUAACAUUUUUUGUCUUUCUGCUGACGACUAGCAGCCACCACAUUGGAGCUUUGGCGAUCCUACAAGCAUCACUGUGAAAACUUGCCACAUUUGGCAAUUAAACCAUAAUUGUUCAUCAGGUUGCAGGGCCUAUAUUUGGUUUUAAAAAUACCUUCUCUUUAUUCUAAGGGAGCAGGACAUUAUCCUGAAUCUAAUUAUAGCUGCUGCCUAAGUUAAUAACAGUUGUGACAAUGUAUAAAGAAGUUAUUCGCACCCUUGGACAGUACAUUCAGAAUGUUGCUCAACCAACUAGCCCAACUUUGCACUUUUGUAAAGUAUUUUUUUAUUUAUUUGGUCAUAUCAUGUGCGCUUGUGUGGAGCACCCUCAGAAGUAAGGUAUUGUAGAAUUCUACAUUGAAGCUGAACUGUGAAGUUGAACUAAGCAAUGCUUGAGAGCGGGCUUGUUUGUACUCCGUCACUAUAGUGCAUAGGAAAAACAAGGACGAAAGGACGAGCACAGACCAUCAUUUCAUCCUUGUCUUUUACUUCGUGCUUCAAGUUUACUAAAAACGUUGGGCUAGGUGGUUUGCAUUUGACAUCGGGAACAGUGCAGACGAUGGGACAUAUGUCCCAUUUUUCUCUGUUGUUUGUGCUGAUCAUCUAGUGAUACAGUUAAAAGUAUAAAUAAAACGCACAAUCAACAGUGAUCUAUAUUUUGGUUCUGUGCCUGCAUUACCCGAUUGAAAGCUAUCAGGAUCAUGAGCAUCAGGAUCAUAUAGCAUUUAGCUAUUUAGCAAAUAGCUUAUGUCAACAAAGUACAAUUCUCGAGACACUGCAUCUGCAUUAAAGGGAGUACUGAUGCUUUUUUUCCAGUUUUUAAUUAAUCUUUCUUUAAUAAACCUUUUUGCUGAGUACAGCAUGUGUGACAAAAUAUGCUUUUUUAGUGUGUAGAAAGUAUGAGCUAGAAUUCUAGUGCUUCUGGGAAGGUCAUCAGACAUACUCGCAACAGUCCACCAAUGAUGGCACUUCCCAGGAAGCUUUUAUAGCAAAACAUAAAAAGUCUUAGUAGCUGUCCAUCCAGUAAUCAUGGUCUGAAACCUCACUUUCUUCUGCACCCAACAAAAAUUUAUUUAUAUCGCUAUUUAUUGUGACCAUUUCUAGAGUUCCGAUUGCAGCACAACUUUUGUGGGUCAAAAGUGACAUUGCAGUGGCCAGAGCUGUUAUACCAUAUUAUUGCAACAUGCCAGUCAACCUAAAGUGGCGGUUCUCGGGCGAUGACAUUUUCUGUGCCACCAAAUCUGUCUUUCCCUCCUGCCUAACUCAGCGCUUCUUAGUAUUACUCAUGUGAAAAGUAUACAUCCACUGUAUUGGCCACUGUAUCCAAAUGUAUUAUCCCACUCACUCCUCCAGGAACAUUGCCUGUAAUUUUUAAGUGUUCGUUGUUUUUAAAGAAAGGGCACAAAUGUGCACUUGGCUUUCAGGAUCACAUUGAAGUAUUGCGUGUAUUGCGUAUCCAAAACUCACUACAAAGUUCAUGCAAAUGAUAAAGUCACUGCUGGUUUCAGUGAUAUUUUUACAAUAUAAUGUGAAGAAAUCUGAUUUGCUUUUUUAAACUCUGACUGCAAAAAUGCUGCACUUUUGUCUAAAUCCUGAUUGGGCUUAUUGCAAAUAAAGUUUGAAUAUUUUUCGCAAUGAUGUCAGUGAUUGUCUUUCUUUCAAAACAUAAAAACAAAUUAAGAGAAUAAUUCUUGUCUCAGGGCCUAAAAAUUAAAUGUAUUGAUACAAUGUGAAAUUUCAAUACAUUCUGCAGCCGUUAAACUGUUGCAGAAGUUGCAAAUUCGGGAGAUAUGCGACACCAGGUAUGGAGGUUCCCAGUUAUGAAAACCAUAUGAUUGGAAGGGUACUGAAAUGGUAUCUACAUAAUGCCUCAGUCACCAAAUUUUUGUGCAUUGCUAUGGACUGGUGCUGUCCAAAAUUUGGAGAACACUGUUUUUAUGGACAUUUUACUUAUUCAGCAUACAGAUAUUUUUGUAUAUGAUACUUGUGCAUUGGACAGUCCUUGCCAUGUCCAGAGCUCUACUGCAGCCUGCAACAUGAAUGCAAUUAUAGAUUGUGCUCA